AUGGCCUACUAUUCUACCAAUAUCACCACCCGCUCUUCUAGCACUCCUCGGACUCCUCCACUGUUAUUCUUCUUCCCAACUGUUGUAGCCUUUCUUUUCCUUAUCUUCUGUUCCUCUGCUUAUGGAAGUAGAGUAGGGCUCUCCUCCUCUCAGUCAUCAAGUGAAGCUGAGGCUCUCCUCAAAUGGAAAGCCACGCUCCAUAACUACUCUAAUCAUGCUCUCCGUUCUUGGAAGCUUACAUCAUCGGCAAUCCCAUGCAAGUGGUUUGGUAUAACUUGUAACAAAGCCGGAAGUGUGGUUGAGAUUAGUCUUCCACAAGUGGAGCUGCAAGGUACGCUUGACAACUUCACCUUCUCUUCUCUUCCCAAUCUCCUCAGUCUUGAUCUCAGUGUUAAUGGACUCACAGGAGCCAUACCCAUGCAUAUUGGUUGCCUCUCCAAACUCACCCACCUCGAUCUCUCCAAUAAUAAUCUUUCCAGUGUUCUGCCUCCCUUGAAUAAUCUAAGCAGCUUGCGCUACUUACUCCUCUAUGGGAAUGAAAUCAGUGGCUCAAUUCCUUUAGAAAUAGGGAAUAUGAAAAAUCUGAUUGACUUGGAUCUAUCUCAAAACAAACUUAGCGGUCAAAUCCCUCAUUCUCUAGCCAAUUUAAGUAAUUUGGUUAGCUUGAUGCUCUAUCAAAACAGUCUCGUUGGUCCAAUCCCUCAUUCUCUGGCUAAUAUAAGUAAACUAGAGAAGCUCUGGGUGAAUGACAAUCAAUUAUCAGGUCCGGUACCUUUAGAAAUUGGAAAUAUGGAAAAUCUGAUUGACCUGGCAUUAUCUCAAAACAACCUCAGCGGUCAAAUUCCUCAUUCUCUAGCUAACUUAAGUAAACUAGUGUAUAUCCAUUUGUUUGAGAAUCAAUUUUCUGGUCAUGUACCUCAAGACUUUGGUAGGCACGCAUCCAUUGUAACAAUCCAAUUGGCUGACAACCUCUUAUCUGGAAUCUUACCACAACAAAUAUGCCAAGGACGAUUGCUUGAACGGUUCAACGUUGAGACCAAUAGUCUUCUGGGCCCUAUUCCAGACUUAAGAAAUUGCACAAGCUUAAGGAGAGUUCGACUAGAAAAGAACCUAUUAGUAGGAAAUAUAAGUGACAGUUUUGGUGUACAUCCACAUCUUUAUUACAUUGAUGUGAGUAAUAACCGAUUAUCUGGAGAGCUCUCAUCGAAUUGGGGAGAAUGUAAGAAUUUAUCAACGCUAAAGAUUUCUGGAAACAAUGUUGGUGGCAAGAUACCACCUGAGAUUGGUCAAUUAACUCGAUUGGGAAUUCUUGAGCUUUCUUUCAAUAAACUUGUUGGAGAGAUACCCAAGGAACUUGGUAGCUUAUCUGCUUUGCUCCAAUUGAAUUUAAAUGGCAACCAGAUUUCAGGGAAUAUACCAAUUGAAAUUAGCCAAUUAAUCAAUUUGGAGCUUCUUGACCUCUCAGCAAAUAGACUAACUGGAUCAAUUCCGGCUCAGCUUGGUCAAUGCAGCCAAUUGUUUUCAUUAAAUUUGAGCAGGAAUUCAUUGAAUGGAAGCAUUCCAUCUCAAAUUGGUGAUCUAGCAUCUCUACAAGCACAAUUGGACCUUAGUCAUAACUCAUUCAGUGGACAAAUACCACCAUAG